ACAACUGGUAGCUACAUAACGGGUAAGAAUAAGGCGAGAAGUUUAAAAAAGGUCAAUGAUUCGAUUUUCAACUACUCCGAUUGGAAAACGGAUAUUCUGCACGCAUCUGAAUAGAGUAUUAUGCGUUCGCGUUCGUAUUGGUGGUGUACUUGUGGUAUGAACAUGUACUACGAUCACGAAUGCGGUUCCAAGGUUGACGCCAAACGGAAACUCCAAACGCGAUAAUAAAUUAAAAGUGAGCGGAAUUUAAAACGUUCCAGUGAAGGAAAAAAAAACCAAUAUCGUACGGUGUGAAGAUGCCAUAACACUGGCGUUUUUAGGACGGUGGCGCGCGCACGUUAAAAAGAAGAGAACACGUCGAGUGGCGGCACGCCGGGUGCGCAAUUACUGACCGCGCGGCCACUUCGAGUGAUACGCCUACGGGUUUUCGUCGCGUUCGAACGUCCGACAGUACCGUCAGCACUUCGCAUCGCCAGAACGCCGCGCCGACCUUCCGCCCGGCUCGACGUUAUCUCGGCCACUGAUUCUGCCGAACGCAGAACCCGUCCCGCGGCGAUAUCAGUAACACUAGUCGACCGCAGUCGUUGUGCCGGCAGUUUUCCGUGUCACGUCCCGUUCGGUUUUUCCGCGCGCUUCGUGCCCGUCCCGCGGCGACGCGUGUUGUUUUCCCACCGCGGUCAAACCACGUUAUGCCGCGUCAAUGCGCGUGUCGAUUCCCGCGUCACCGGAUCUUCCGAAGCUUGUACACACGUUUUGAUCACCGCACAGUAUAUUCUCAUAGAUUAUCCGUCUGCAACGGGAUACAGGACCAAGAAAAAAUGAUGGUGAAUAACUGAAUAGAUGGAUAAAAUAAAACACAUUUUUAUAGAAUCCUGGAUUUUUCAAUCGGCUUAUGGUACACUGAAGUGAAAUAUUAUAUUUAUAUAUGAUAUCAUUAAGAAAAUAGAAUGAACUGGUUAUUAAUCAACAUUGUUAUGUGCCAACUCUUCGUAAGCCAAGUAUUAUCAAAUUGGUCCUGUUUAAAGACAGAAAAAUGCUCUUGUGAUGAAAAUGAUAAAGAAAUAAAUGUAAUAUGUAACUCAUCAACUGUGAAAGCCAAUUCGGGGAAAUCAACUAUUCAUAUAGAUUGUAAUUCUGAACAAACUCAGUGGGAAAAAUCUUUUGAUAAAAUUAAUAUUACGGAAUUAUCUUACUCAGAUUGCUUUUUGUUCGACAUAGGAAUUAAACAAACCAUCUCAACACUUGGUAUCAAUGAUAUUAAAAAAAAUUUGACCUUGUCAUGGGUGACGUUCACUGAUAGGUUACAAAGUUAUUACUUAUCAAAUUUAGAUUACGUGACAAUAUUAGAAAUAAGUAAUACAAUUGAAAAAUUAAUAUUAACCAAUGAGUCGUUUCAAGGAAUUCCAAAUUUAACUGAGUUAUAUCUUAGACACAAUGAUAUUGAUGAAUUACCUCGUGAUGUGUUCAAAUAUCUUACUCAAUUAGUAAUUUUGGAUUUAGGAGGAAACAAGAUAUCCAGAAUAGAUGAGGAUUUAUUUUAUGGUAUUUCAUUGAAAGCUUUGCUUUUGGACUCAAAUGAUUUAAAAACAUGGAGCUUAAAUGUUCAAAGUCUAAAAACUCUGGAUUUAAGUAACAAUAGACUGAUAUCAAUUGAAAUGGAUCUCAAUAACCUUCUUCGAUUAUCAUUAAACAAAAAUUUCAAUUUAACAACCAUGCCUGAUCAACCAUUUCAAAAUACUUCAUUGCAGAAAAUUAGAUUCAACUAUGGCCAUUUUACUGUACCUAGAAGAUUCUUAUCAAGUUUAAACCAAUUGCAAUCAGUUCACCUUGUUGACUUAAAUAUAAAUAAGGUACCUGAAGAUAUGAUUUGGAAUUCACCUAAUAUUACAGAAUUAUUUUUAGCUUCAAACCAUUUAACUGAAAUUCCAGAGACAUUUUUUCAAGAUUCUUCGAAAAUGAAAGUAUUAGAUUUGUCUAAAAAUCAGAUCAAAGAAAUAAAAAGCGAGUUUCUAAAACCAUUAAAGAAUUUGGAAGAGUUAAAUUUGUCGAAUAAUUUAAUACUUCAAAUAAAUAACUAUGGGUUUAGUUUCCUACCCAAUUUGGUCGCGCUUGAUCUAACUAAAAACAAUUUAAUCUUUAUUGAUCAGGCAAUUUUAAAUAACCCAAUUUUAAAAUCUUUAAAAUUAGGUCAGAAUAAUAUCAGCAGCCUAUAUUCGAAAAAUUCUUUAUUUUCAUUUGAAUAUUUGAGUUCUAUUGAAUAUAUAGAUUUAUCAUAUAAUAACAUAACUGAGAUUCAAUAUGAUUGGUUAAAUUUAGUAAAGUUAAAAAAUUUAAAUUUUUCAGGAAAUAGCUUGAAUGUUAUUAGAAUAGAUGAUAUUCAAUUUUUAGGGAGCCAAUUAACAGUCGAUUUUACUUUUAAUCCUAUACGAUUAAUUGAUUUAUCACAUUUAGAAAUAUUUGCCAGAGUACAACCUAAACAAGAAAAUCCUAGGAAAAUAACUGUGUCUAGUGAACAAUUUAUAUGUGAUGGUCGUAACUAUCAAUUUGGAAGAUUCAUUCACAAUAGAAUGCCAAAAUCAGUUUACAAGUACUUGCAAAUUGAACACAAUAUGAUUUGUGAUGACGGUGUUGGUUUGGAAUUUGCAAAUAUUAAUAUAGAUAGAUUAACCUAUGAUUGGAAAUUAUUUCGUGAUUCAAAUAAGUCUAACUGUACAGACUGUAUAUGUGCUUACCGACCUUCUGAUAAUUCUGCAAUAAUGGACUGUUCUAACAAGAAUUUAACAUCGGCACCAGAAAAAAUAAUUUCCAGUAAAAAUAUUAACUAUACAGAGGUCAAUUUAAGAAAUAAUUUAAUCGUCAAACUACCAAACUACGAAAACCUUACCAUUGGAAAGUUAGAUGUGAGCUAUAACAAGUUGAAAGUUAUACAUAUGACGCAGUUACCUGUGAGUCUUAGGGAAUUACGUUUGGAACAUAAUAAUUUAGUGGAUAUUAGUGAUAUAAAUCACAAUAUAUCAGCUAACCUAAACCUCUUAACAAUGAGCGGUAAUCCAUGGACGUGUGAUUGUAAGGGAAAGAGUACAAUUGACUUUAUUCAUAAAUAUUCAAAAAAAAUUUAUGAUUCAGACAACGUAACAUGCUCCUCUGACUCAUCGAAGAAGCUAGAAUCCCUAUAUUUAGAUGAUAUAUGUCAAAGCCAUUAUUUUAUGAUAAUUAUGAUUAUCUUUUUAGUCUUUGUUGCAAUUGGGUUAGGUUUAAUUUUAGCAUUAUAUAAAACAGAAAUCGCUGUACAGUUACAUCAUUAUUUACCCACGAUAUUUCCUGACAAACAUAGAUACUAUAAAAAAUACAGUGCAUUUGUCAGUUUUGCUCAUGCAGAUCGAGAUAUUGUCAAAAAGGAUAUAAUACCAAAUUUGGAAACAGAUGCUCAAUCGUUUAAACUUUGUGUUCACGACAGAGACUGGGAAGUUGGAGAAUUAAUUCCUGAUCAAAUUAUUCGCUCAAUUCAAGAAUCAUAUAGAACUAUUAUUUUGGUGACGCCAAAUUUUUUAGAGAGUGAUUGGUGUCGUAUGGAAUUCGAAACCGCUUUUAUAAAUACUGUAAACGAACGAAAAAAAAAUAUAAUCAUAUUUUUCGAGAAUUUGACAGUGAAAGAUUUGGAUCCGAAAUUUCAGAAAUAUGUGUCUUUACAUACUUAUAUAGAAUGGGGAGAUCCUAAUUUUUGGGCGAGAUUAAAGUAUGCUCUUCGACAUGAUAAAGUAAACAAAAAAAAAUUUAGGCAAGACUAUUAGAAAAUAAAAAAAAUAAAAUUUAAAAUUAAAG